AUGCGUAACAAUGCAACCUCCAUUUCCUCUCCCACAGCAACCUGGCACAACGAGUCCUACGCCGCCAUCGACCCAUCGAAUCCCAAUCUCAGCCAAAUAGGAAAAACAGUCAUCAUAACCGGAGCCGGUAGCGGCAUCGGUCGCGCAACCGCUCUUGCCUUUGCGGAAGCCAGCGCCGCCCAGCUGGUCCUAACCGAACGUACUGAGUCGACCCUUCGAGAAACCGAGAAGCUACUUGGUGACAGCAAGUCAGACUGCAUGGUCUUCCCCGUCUCAGCAACCGACGAGACUGCGAUGCAGAAUGUUGCUGAACAGGUCGACGCAUGGGAUGUCCUUGUUCUUGCCGUAGCGCAGAUUUCUUCGCCGUCCUCGAGCGGCGAAGACUGGUGGGUAGACUAUGAGAUGACCGUGAAGGCGAUAGUCAUCGCUUCACGGGCUUUCGUUCCGAAUGCGAAGUCUGAUGCAGCGCUGUACACGCUUGCAGCAGGUGCAGCGGCUUUGCAGUCAGCGUAUACACCUGGACGAUCGGCCUACUUUACUUCGAAGGUCGCGCAGACAAAGAUCGUCGAGUUUCUUGCUGCGGAGAACCCAGAUCUGUUGGCGUGUGAAUCCUGGAAUGGCGGAUACAGGUAUCUUCCGAGGCAGUGGUACUGA